AUGAGAACUUGGAAUAACACAAAUGAUCACGACUUCCUUCUUAUGGGGUUGACAGAUUCUAGAGAGAUCCAGGUGGCCCUGUCUACACUGUUUCUCCUGAUUUACCUGAUCACUGUGCUGGGAAACCUUGGCAUGAUCAUGUUAAUCCACCUGGAUCUGCAGCUUCACACUCCUAUGUAUUUUUUCCUCACUCACCUCUCAUUCAUUGACCUCAGUUACUCAAGUGUCAUCACACCUAAAACCCUAGAGAACUUACUGACAUCCACCAAGAACAUUUCCUUUUUGGGCUGCUUCACCCAGCUCUACUUUUUUGUUCUGUUUGCUGGUGCUGAAAUUUUUCUCCUCUCUGCCAUGGGCUAUGAUCGCUAUGUGGCUAUCUGCAAUCCUCUGCAAUAUCCUGUAAUAAUGUCCUCAAGACUCUGUUGGACUCUUCUUGCUGGGUCAUAUAUGACUGGCAUUUUAGAUUCCUCUGUCAAUGUCAUUUGCAUGAGUAGAUUGACUUUCUGCAACUCCAAUAUCAUCCAUCACUUUUUCUGUGACAUAACUCCAAUGUUAGCUUUGUCCUGCACUGACACCUCUGGAAUUGAACUCAUGGUAUUUGUUCUUGCUGGUUCUACUCUAAUGAUGUCUCUUAUCACUAUAGCUAUGUCCUACACAUCUAUUCUGUCCACAAUUAUGAAAAUUAAGUCUACUUCAGGAAAGCAGAAAGCCUUCUCCACCUGUGCCUCCCAUCUGCUGGGAGUCACUGUCUUUUAUGGCACUAUGAUUUUUACCUAUCUAAAACCCAAGAAGUCCUACUCUCUGGGAAAGGAUCAAGUGGCCUCUGUGUUUUACACCAUUGUGAUCCCCAUGCUGAACCCACUUAUUUAUAGUCUUAGGAACAAGGAAGUGAAAAAUGCUUUCUUUCGAGUUAUGCAUAAGAGUGCAAGCUCCAGGCAAACAAAAUGA